UGCCUCAAAUAAACACUAAUGAUCAGAUCCUAUCCUGUAAGUUGACAGAAACUAAAAGUGGAAAACCUAGCAUUUCACAGAAUUUUAGUGUUACACUCCUGACACCUAUUUCAAGGCCAUAAAAAAGGACUAAUCAAAUUUAGGCAGUCAUGUUUGCAUCUCAUAGUAACUGCUGCACCUGCUGGUCAAUUUAAAACAAUAAUUAUGACAAUUACUAACAGUGUUUCAAAAAUAUGACAUUGCAAACUUAAAUGUUACACUCCUGACCUACAUCAGCAGGUGUGGUUCUAUGAGAUCAAGUGCACCAGAAACAUGUCACAGAUAUCUACAAAUACUUUUAAUUUGAUCUAGAAUAUUGUGGUAAAGUAUAAGAAAUAUUAAAAUGUCCAAAAUCUUUCGGAACUUUGAAUUAUCAUCAUUUAAAAUUAAGAAUUAAGUUUUUUCCUUUUCAUUUUUUUCCCUCAUUAGGAAAUUUGACAGACCUUAUUUUACCAUUGUAAUUACAAAAUAUGUAUUACUUCAUAUGAGAAAAUUUAGUGCAUAUACACAGGUUUUCAACAAACCCAUCAUUUUAUAUUAGACAUCAUUAUUUUUUUUAAAGACAGCUCUUUGAAGCACUUGCUUCUUUCAAAAUGUCACACUAAAAGUGUUACACUCCUGACAUUUUUGGCCCUAUUUUUUGCCGGCAUUUUUUUAUUAUCAAAGAUAUCAUCACGAAAAUUUGUACGAUUAUAGUCACAGGUGGGAUACAUUUUUUAAUUAUCUAAUACUUAGUAUUUAUCAUCAUGAUUUGUAAUAGGGUAUGGUAAUAAUGUUGGGGUCAUUUUUUUUGAAACAGCCCCUAUGUAGAAUGAAUAGUGAACAAAAUAGUCUGCAUGGCAAACAGGACAUACAUGUGGUUCUGUGACUUGAAAGAACUGAUCAUUUAUCUAUAUAGCUAGGUAUUUUAGACAUGUAGUUUCAGCUGAACAGAAAAAAAAAAUGUCAGUAUAAAGACAAAAAAAAAAAAUUGCAUAAUUUUAAAUAUAAUGCUGAAUUUUAGGUUUUUUCUUCUAUGAUAUGCGUGGGUAUAGUAAUUUGAGCAUGUUGAGUGGUAUUAUACACCAACAAUUAAACUUUUAUUAGAGUUUUCAUGGUAUUGACAUUUUUACAUAUAUUUUAUAUAUAUUUUCAAUAUCACUUGCUUUGAUAGGUGCCAUUUUUAGGUAAAUGAAGGCUUUUUCCAAAUUGAAACGGAUUUUGUGAUGCGUAAUAGUCGAUGUAAUGAUAUCAACAUGCAAAAUGGACAUAAAAAUAACUUCAUUUUCGAGGCUCUGUGAGACACCUUGUGUGCAAAUACUGUAAAACAGCCCUGAUACAUGUGGAAAUGAAUAGAUCUACACCGGUGAUGUACGUUGGUUAAAUUUUUCAUUUCAUUUGCAGGUCGUCGCCAUUAUGCCUGAUGGCCAUGUACGGGUGGGGUUAUUUCCGACACUAUCAGAAACAAUAGUGUGCCAGCUGGGCACUGUGGCUGAACUCCCCUGUACAGCAACAAAGUCUUGGAAAAGUGGGAAGAAGACCGCCUUUCGGGCAGCCAAGGCAGCCGCCGCAGCCUCCAAGGAAUCCCCCGCAGCCUCCUCCUCCAAGGACUCGGCCAGGAAGAAACGAAAGGUGGCCAAUAGCCCUGAACUCGAACCCCCCGCAGCAUCCUCCUCCUCCGAGGACUCGGCAGGCAGGCAACCCUCUGAGAAAGGAACGGCAGCCAAGGCAGCCGCCGCAGCCUCCAAGGAAUCCCCCGCAGCCUCCUCCUCCAAGGAACCGGCCAGGAAGAAACGAAAGGUGGCCAAUAGCCCUGAACUCGAACCCCCCGCAGCAUCCUCCUCCUCCGAGGACUCGGCAGGCAGGCAACCCUCUGAGAAAGGAACGUAUACGUCCUGUACAGGGCGUAUGCCUAAUGUACCAAGCGUAUAG